AAGAAAGAGAGAAGCUAACCUGGCAAUUGUUUAACUUUGGAGUAUUUGGCGUUUGGGAAUGCACAUUGAAUUAGAACCAGAUGUUAGAGACAGGAGGGAGAUGUAGCUGCUGGCCUACUUUUUAAGUUAAACCCGGUUAAAAUAGCUCUGCACAGGAAGGUUAUGGUCAGGCUCAGUCACUGUUGGUGUGAAAGUGGCCGGAGGAGGAAAGAUGAGUAAAGAGUAACGAAGGGGGGGAAAAAAGGGCUGAGCGUCUUCUACUGAAGUCCAGGAAGUUUCUGAAACCGCUACGUUUGCAAAAACUAUGAAGAAUAGUGGAUGGACAGAAAAAAAAAUCUACCCGGUUAACCUUUGAACCGUCUUCCUUUCUCUUCACAUGAAGUCACAAGACAAACUGUCGUAUAAUUUCACGAAUGACAGUCCUAACGAGACAACACGUUCACAGCUAAGCCAGAAGUAGGACACACACAUCAUGUCUGUCCAUUUCAGUCCAGGGUCGGAUUCAGGUGUAAAUGGAAACGUUGCAAAGAUGGAGGAUGCUAAAGUGGAGAUCGAUGAUGGAAAGGAGGAGAGUGUGGUGCCAGACACAAUGUACCACAAUAUCCGGAAGAAGAUAUCACCGUUUGUUAUGUCCUUCGGAUUCCGUAUAUUUGGAAUGAUAUUGAUCCUAGUGGACAUUGUCCUGGUGAUUGUGGACAUAUCCCUGCCAGCCAAGAACAGAGAGGUUGGAGAUGCAUUAGAGGCUGUGUCCCUCGUCAUCUCCUUCUUCUUUCUCCUCGACGUUCUCCUGCGGGUCUAUGUGGAAGGGUUCAAAGUGUACUUCAGCUCCAAGCUGAACAUCGUCGAUGCCUGUGUUGUGGUAAUCACCCUGGUGGUCACCAUGAUCUACACCUUCACUGACUUCUCGGGCGUCAAUAUCAUCCCCAGGGUGGUGACGUUUCUUCGUUUCCUGAGAAUAAUAAUCCUGGUGAGGGUUUUCAGACUGGCAGCUCAGAAGAAAGAGCUGGAGAAGGUCACCAGGAGGAUGGUUUCUGAGAACAAGCGACGAUAUCAGAAGGAUGGAUUUGACCUUGACCUUACCUAUGUCACAGACCGGGUCAUCGCCAUGUCUUUCCCCUCUUCUGGGAAGCAGUCCUUCUAUAGGAAUCCAAUUGAGACCGUGGCGAGGUUCCUGGACACUAAACAUGAAGGCCACUAUAAAGUUUACAACCUGUGCAGUGAGAAAGGUUACGACCCCCAGUUCUUCCACUACAAAGUUGAGCGGGUUUUCAUUGAUGACCACAACGUCCCCUCCCUGGAGGACAUGCUGAAAUACACAGCAAACGUGAGGGAGUGGAUGUCUGCCGAUCCCAAGAACAUCAUUGCAAUUCACUGUAAAGGAGGGAAAGGACGCACAGGUACCAUGGUGUGCGCCUGGCUUAUUGACAGUGACCAGUUUGAGAGUGCACAGGACAGUCUGGAGUAUUUCGGUGAGAGGAGGACAGACAAGAGUCGGAGCUCCAAGUUUCAGGGAGUAGAGACUCCCUCUCAGAGCCGGUACGUGGGGUACUACGAGAUCAUGAAAACCAAGUUCGACAGACAGCUGCCUCCACCUAAAAGCCUCAGGAUCAAGAGCAUCCGCAUCCACUCCAUAGCAGGUGUGGGUAAAGGUGAUGGCAGCGAUCUCAAGGUGAAGAUUAUUGUGAGAAAAGAGCUGGUAUUUCAAUGUGUGUGUGCCAAACGGGAGAACUGCACAGUAUUUCCCGACAUGGGCAGUAAUGCAGUAGUCAUCAGCCUACAGGACGGGCCUGUGGUUGAAGGAGAUGUGAAGGUCAUGUUUGAAUCAAGUGCUGGUCUUCCAAAAGGAUAUGAAGAUGUUCCAUUCUACUUCUGGUUCAACACCUCCUUCAUAGAGGAUAACAAACUGUUUCUACCCAGGGAGGAACUGGACAACCCACACAAACCAAAGACCUGGGACCUGUACAAGAACGACUUUGGUGUCACCAUGUUCUUCUCAGAACCAUAAUAAAAACCCUUUUGAGCGUUAAGGAAGAGAAAAUGGCUUGUUACAGUUGUACAUUUAAUGAUGGGUGGUGAGCAGAGACUAGUAGAUCUAAGACCAACUGAAGAAAUGAACGAGAGCUCAAUGCUAAAUUUAAAGAGGCAUAAAAAUACCUCCACCACCACCAGUUACCUCCACCAAGUCAAAUCAUGUAGACUGCAGUGUUGCUCAUGACCUGAAAUGUAUAAGAAGAGAUAUGCGAGUUAGUAGCAUCAAAUAUUUAGUAACGUCUUCCAGUGAAUCAGUUGAUAUCUGUAUAUGUGACUCUUGUGCGUCUUAAAAUAACACUGAACAAUUUAAAAAAAGAAUCAGAAAAACAUUUGCACCUGAUAAAACUAUAAUGCUGGAGCAAGUCAUCCCCUCUGAACAAUUUAGUCAAAUUGAAACUAGCCAUUUUGUAAUGUACCACGUCUAGCUAUGUCUUUAUGUAGUGAGUGGUUGAUUAGUGGAUGGAAUCAAACCUGGGUGUACUCUGUGAGGCAGCAGUGGAAACCACAGGGGACUUUACAAGAACAAAGGAAGACAUGAGAAACGGAGUACCAAGUUUUCUUAUGUAGAGGCUCAUAGAAUGAUGUGACACAGCUCCAGUUUAUGUUUUGGAGGCAGCAGGAAUUGAAGACAUCUGUAGCUUUAUUUGGUUUGAAAGUUUUUGUGAGGUGAAAUUUGUGUAAAUAUUGCCAAAAUUCACAGCAGCUCACAUAUAAUCCAUUUUGGAUUAUAUGCGAGCUGCUGUGAAUUUUGGUUCUUGUCAUGACUUCUGGAGUCGACUACUCAAUGGAUACACUUAGUUCGUACAAUAGAGAAAAAAAGUGCUGAAAAGUAUUUGCUUUUACUUUUGAAAAAUUUUAACCAAUGUAUUGCUACAAAAUAAACAACCCUUUAAUUUGUAA